AUGCGAUUGGGCAAUUGGUACUCCGAGCUCUAUCUGCGCACACCCACUGAGGUGGUUACUCUGCCCGGCAGUAAAUCCACUGGCGCCCACCUUGCCUCACCUUCACUCAGCCAACCCUAUUCGGGUGUGGGGGAUGUCCAACAGACCAGUCUUCUGCUGGGUCUCGACGGUGGACAGAGCGGUCGUCCGGGUAUCAACCUGUUAGACGAGAAGGCUGUCUACAGUCACCGUUUCGUCAUCAACUGCUACCGCACGGCCACUGAGCAGACGCCAGGCAAUCGUUUCGCCUGGCAGGCCUGGGCCAUUGCCAACUACGACCUCUUCACCCGCCUGGGUAUGGAGAAAGCCCAGUUGGAGCAAUACGAGACCGAACUGCGUCAGGUUAGUCUGCCUGUUUGUCCGUUCUGGAGCACACACAGACCUUUUGCUUUUGUUUUAGUAAAGAUUCUGCAGCUAUAG